AAACGGGUUGCUUUAAAGUGACCGAAAGAAAACUUCCCUCCCCCCACCCUAUUGUGUUCCUAUGCACAAAUGUCUCCUAGGGGCUAUAAGGAGCAUUGCCUUGACAUCAAAGCACUACUUGGACAGUUCGUACUAUGAUCCUCCAACUGUGACAUCAUAGCAGCAUCAUCCUUUUUCAGUACAUGUAUCUUCUCUUUCAUCCUCCCCCACCAAAAAAAACAAUAUAUCCCAAAUCUAAGUUUAACAAUAUAAAGUUUACAAACAAUUAUAAUUAUGUUCCUCAAGUUCAACAGGGUUUUGCAAAAAGGCUUAAAUAUGUUGAAAAAUGUCAGGAUAACUGUUGUGGUUGCUAUGGUGAUUGGAGUGCUUAUGAUAUCACAAAGACAAAAGGGUUCAAAGACAAGGGGGUUAGUUGGUUCAGUGUACAGUGGCAUUUGUCUUCAGACCCUCACAGACACCGCUAGACCAAUCUGGUGAGUACCCAAAUAAUUUUUUGAAUAGCUGAGCGGGAUGCUUAUGUUUACUGUAGCAUAACUUUUGAGCCAACUGUGUUUAUCACAGGUUCGUUCCACAUUUAAAAACAUUGCCGCCGCCAUCCAAUGGAUAGUGAUGACCUGUCAGACCACCUCAUCAUCCUUUGCGAUAAUGAGAUAUUGGGUGAUACCCCCAACUCCUCUUCCUCCCCAAACCUCCCUUCACCUUGUGACCCCGAGAGCAUCUACACUGAGCUUCGGACUGUGGAGGGUGAGGUGGAUGGCUCUGGUGUCUGGUUCCCACUGGAAGUCCCGACUGCAAUGAUGGCUUCUCCCAGUUUGGAGCCAUCAUGCUGUGCUGGUUUCAUGCCGCCCAUGCCACCUUACAGCCAUGGCUUGGUAAGUGGAGUAGGACCACAUCAGCAGCAGCUUCACGAGACAAUGUUUUGUCAGGCGCCUCCACAUUGCCUUCCCUAUGGCUGGUCUACCGGUAGCUACAAUCCUCAUUCCCACAUGGAUGAAGACGCAGCAAUGAUGAUGCAACAUGGUGGUGUCAACUUUGGACUAAUGAAGCGAAAUGCUGCACAAAGAAAUCCAACUCCUGCUUGCGUCCCUCUGCCCUCACCUAACACAUCCACAUUAGUGAAAAAAGAACAUGACAGCCAUCAGGAUGAAAAAAGGUACAUCAAGAAACCGCUGAACGCCUUCAUGCUAUACCGCCAGGAGCAGAGGCCCAAUGUUGUGGCUCAGCUCAACAUUCGAAACAGCGCCGUAGUCAACAAAGUGGUCGGACAGAUGUGGAAGUCACUGUCAAAAAGACAGCAGAGAAAAUAUUACGAGCUCGCUGAAGCUCAAAGAUUGCUUCACGCCCAGCAGCACCCUGAGUGGUCCUGCACAGAAAACUAUGGUAAAAAGCGGAAGAGACAAAGGAGCAAAUGUAACACCAAUGGUCAAGGUAAGACACAUCAGUGUUGGAAUUUGCUGUUUUUAUUCUCAAGUGCUCCAUUCUGCAUUUCUAUUUUCACUAACCUUUUUGUUGAUGUUGCCAGGGGGAGAACUACUUUUCUCACAUUAAAUUCUCAUUUCUGUUGCAUCACCUGCGCGUGAUAUCUGCAGUGGACACUUUUCAGGCUCAGAUGCCAGACGCAACAUCUGUCAAUGCUGUGGAUGACAGUAAUCAGACAUCGGCUAAGGCGCGCUGUGCCCAAAAGCAGCUGCGGAUGAUGCUGGAGUUGAUGCUUUAAUUUGACGUAACCUUUCCAAAGUUUAAUAAAUUUUAAUGCUACA